CACGUUCACGCUCGCUGCUGUCGCGCCCCGGUUCCUUGCAAUUCUCGAUCUCGGGAAACCGAGGUCGAGGUGUGGCUCCUUCGCCUCCCAUUACUUUUUUUCUGCUUUCUAUCUCUUCUCCCCGGAUUUGGGCGUCCGCCGACUACCACCCACCGCGCUGGAAACGAGCGACGCACGAUCUGAGAACACAGGAGGCCCUAGCAUCGAGUCCAGCUGCCUGCGACCCCGACUUUGAUGUCCGACAUCGCUUUCGACCGCGCCGAAGACUCUGAGAGCACACCAACGGCUUUUACAAGUGGUAUACGCGUCCGCCAAUCCCUCACGACCUCCCCAAACCCGACUACGAGCCCUCGAACGAAGAAUUCAGUUUCUCCUCGGAUUCGGCCUUCCGCCGAGCAGCCUAGGGUCAUAGGAAUGAGCUGACCCUUUCAGCUCGGAUAGUAGCUUCGGAGCGCGUGGGGGACCUUGACGAUGCGCGAGAGGCCUCCCCGACGUGCUCUUACAUCCGACUCUGCGCCUUACGCCUCCGACUCCGCCCGACUUCACGCCCAAACGCGGCAAAAACAUUUUCUCUCCGGAUUUUGCGUUCCGCCGACUACCCCCAAGACGGCCUUCUUGCUUUCGACGUGCAGCUCCAAGCCCGGCUUCAAGCCUUCGCACGAAGACCUCGGCGACUUUGGGCCUUUGGGCAACGGGUUCGAGCUCAGGACGACGAGCUCAGGACUUCGACAACGAGCUCAGGGCUUCGAUGGCGACUUUAAGCCCUCGAACGCCGAUUUCGAUUUCCGUUCGGAUUUAGCCGUCCGCCGACGACGCUCAAGGUCCCGGCUCUGCGUGCGACGACGCGCGCUCGUCCUCAAGCCUGACUCGAGCUCCUCUCGCUCGGACCAGCUUCUUUAUACCUCGUCCCGCUGUUCACUCCCGUCUUGGAUUGACCUCUUUCCGCCUCUCGUCUCUAGACUCGCUCCCCCUCUCAAUCUGCUCCCUCCAACCUGCUCUCUCUCGCCUCUCUCGCGAGCUGAUCAGUGCUUUCUGUAUUUCGAGGCCUGUAGUGCAGUAGUCUGUAGCUUGUAGCUGUAGUCCCU